AUGGCAAUAGGUAUUGUUGUUGGGUAUAAUGAAUAUGGCGAAUAUGGCGAAUAUGGCAAUGUUACUCCUACUGAAUUUUGGGAGAAAGAUGGUAAUGAUGGUGGACAUGAAUAUUCAUGUACAAAGGUAGUGAUUCAUGGUAUAAAGGCCGUUAUUCAUGAUGUAAAAGCCAUUGCCAUUACUCAUGGUGUUGAAUCUAUUGCUCAUGGUGUUGUUGAGGAUAUUAUUUUAUUUGAAGAAAGUGGUAACCUUAAUCUUGCUGCAGCCUCCUCUAUUGCUGAUUUUUUUGUUUUUACCAUUGACAUUUCCGGUGAUGUGGGAGUUAGUUGUUCUGCUGAUUCUAUGGUUCUUUUAGUUGCUGUUGUUGUUGAUCCUUUAUCAGUUGAUAUUAUUCUUUGA